AUGACGCUGCUCACUCACAUUAAUCUUCCGAAAUCUAGCGUUGAGAUCCCUGAAGAUGGUUCCUUUGUUCGUCUCUCCUCCUCCUCAUUCUGGUCCAGCUCAGCUCACUUCGGACAGAGAGCAUCGUUUUCCUGGGACUCCCAACCAGCUAGCCUAGAUAUUAGGAAUAUAUACAAAACAGAAGCAGGUGUAUACAGAUGUCGAGUUGACUUUAAAGAAUCGCAAACAAGAAACCUGUUCGUAAAUCUAACUGUUGUAGUACCUCCUGAUCCUGUGCUGAUCUAUGACGAGGAUGGGAAUGAAAGAAUGACGUUUGUUGGUCCGUACCUAGAAGGAGAGGAUGCUAGAUUAACCUGUAGAGCUUUUGGAGGCUACCCUGUCCCCAGAGUAGAAUGGUUGCGGAAAGGAGCUGUUAUUGAUUCCACCUUCAAGGUUUCUCCAGAUCAGAGAGAAGUUUCAAAUCAAAUAAUUCUUCACAGGUUGAGUCGAGAUUAUCUUCACAGUGAACUAACCUGCUCCGUAUCCAAUACAAACCUAACCCGUCCUAUCCAACACUCUCUGCACAUAGAUAUGAACUUUGCUCCUGCUGAUGUGAGUAUCCGUCCCUCCUCUGCUGACAUGUUGGUUGGGAAGGUUUACGAGAUAUCAUGUUCUAGCUCCGGGUCCCGUCCUCCCCCUGUAGUUACCUGGUACCUGGAUAAUAUCAGACUAGAGGGGAGUUUGGAGACCUUCUCCAGUGAUGGAAAUAGCACAGAGAGUAGUUUAAGCUUGAACCCAACCCUGCAGUACAACACCAGAACUCUAUCUUGUCAUGUUUCUAAUCCAGCAAUACCACACUCUACAAUAAAAGCAGAAACAGUUCUUAACAUCCUAUAUCCUCCGAAUGUUGAGCUGAACCUUGGUCGAUCUAUCUCUAGCUCUGCUAUAUACGAGGGUGGAGAUGUAUAUUUUGACUGUAAGAUUGGAUCCAACCCUGCCCCUACUUAUGUCUCGUGGUUUCUCAAUGAUGUGGAGAUAAAGCAGAAUGUAGAGCGAGGUGUUAUUUUUACAAACCAGAGUCUUGUUCUCCAGAAGAUAUCCAGGAACCAGAGCGGGAACUAUCUCUGCGAAGCAACAAACCCUGUUGGGAAGGGUCGGAGUCAACCUAUCUUUUUAGAUGUUAAAUAUGUUCCUGUAUGUAAGACGGAUAAGCCUAAGAUCUACGGAGUAUCUAAGCGUGAGCUAGUCAACGUGCUCUGUCAGGUUGAAUCCAACCCUCCUGAGGUUGAGUUCAAGUGGACCUUCAACAACUCCGCGGAGAUGAUCAAGGUUCCGGUAGGACGGAGUCAGGAUAAUAGAUCUAGUAGCGUACUCAGCUAUACUCCUCUUACUACCAUGGAUUUUGGAACUAUAAUGUGUACUGCGAUGAAUAUGGUCGGAACUCAGAAGAAUCCUUGUGUAUUUCAUAUCAUAAUGGCAGUGAGCCCUGAUCCUGUGGAGAACUGUACUGUUAUAAAGAAAUCUUCAGAGAGUUUUCAUCUUCGCUGUAAUCCAGGGUUCGACGGGGGUUUAAACCAAACCUUUGCAGUACAGGUUGAGGACAGGUUGACCCGUGUAGUAGCUCAUGAAGAUGAUGGUCUGCUCAACCCUGUAGUUAAAGUACAGAACCUGCUCCCUGGAGCAGCGUACCUUGUCACCCUCACAUCCGUUAAUAAAAAGGGAAGAAGUGAGCCAAGGCAUAUACUAGUCGAGACACUACAGCAGCCAGAGAUACAAGAGGUAGAGGAGAAAAGAGACGGCGGAGCAAAGAGAAUUUCUUGGGAAAUAUACGCGGGAAUAGGAACUGGUAUUUACGUCUGCGUCGUCUUUGUUCUUAUUGUCGUCUUCUAUUUGAAACGACGGCGCAAUCCUAAUCCGUCUCAGAGGGACGAAACUAACCAGGGAAGCAAGGAUGCAACCGUUACAGAGGAACCCUCACCUGAUCUCAUACCAAGAAGUGAUUCAGAAUGUUGGGAGUUCGGAGUUCAGGAGAAGACGAGAGAGAACCACCAAACCUUGCUCGGGAGAGAAACCUUUCAAACACCCGGAGAAAAACAAUUGGAGUUAACAAACUAUACUGAUCUUAGUAUACAGGAUCAAGAAGGAUCAUUCCUCUUGGAGAGAGAGUCUCAGGAUACAAGGAGAGACAGAGACAUGUCUGGUACUCUGAGAAACCGAGAAUAUUCAAUGCGAAAUCACGGUCUUAAAUCCGCUGAGGAGGAGAGAGGAUUGAAUAAAUCCUUUUAUCAGGAUAAAUCACAUUAUCUUGGAAUCCAACCUGGACCCGUCCAGGUUCUAGGUCACAGAGAUCUUCUCACAACUAAAUCUAGAACACUAGCUUUCCUCAAGGAGAAGAGGGAGAGUAUAGUUUAGCUGAGAAACCAAUCCUGAGAAAAAAAAAGUGAUUUGAGUCAUUCAGAAACAAUCUGAAGCUUGUUUAGUUUGAAUUGAAACCUUAAAACUUGAUAUCGGAAAGCAUAAAAACUUGAUCAAGAUAACAGUUGAAGUGAAACCAUUACACAAAGUAAUCUUGAUUAUUCGCUCUUCCAAGAUUAAAGUAAAAGUUAUGGAGAAAAUAUUUUCCAAUGAUUGUUUUUUGUUUUACUGGAUAAACUGUUCAGUUUAUAUUUAUAAUCCUGGAUAAACUGUACAGUUUAUAUCCAUAAUCCUGGAUAAACUGUUCAGUUUAUAUUUAUAAUCCUGGAUGAGCUGUUCAGCAUCUAUCCAUAAUCCUGAAUAUACUGUCCAGCAUCUAUCCAUAAUCCUGAAUAGAUUGUGCAGUAUAUAUCCAUAAUCCUGGAUAUCCCAUGCCAGCAUAUAUCCAUAAUCCUGGAUAUACUGUCCAGAAUAUAUCCAUAAUCCUGGAUAAACUGUUCAGUAUAUAUCCAUAAUUCUGGAUAAACUGUUCAGUAUAUAUUCAUAAUCCUGGAUGAGGUGUUCAGUAUAUAUCCAUAAUCCUGGAUAUACUGUCUAGCAUAUAACCAUAAUCCGGGAUAUACUGUCUAGCAUAUAUCCAUAAUCCUUGAUAAACUAUUCAGCAUAUUUCCAUAAUCCUGGAUAUACUUUCUAGUAUUUGUUCAUUGUCCUGGAUAUACUGUCAAGUAUAUAUCCAUAAUCCUGGAUUUAGGGUUGAUGUUGAUAUAUGAGAAUUGGCGGCACUGUUGAUAAAAUUUUUUCUUUAUAAUUUAGUUUAAAUUUAUUCUUCUAUCCUGAACCUGAUAUUUCUGGUUUGAUCCUUGUCUCCUAUUCUUCACUCUUUGAUGCAGUCUAAAAUCAAUUCAAUUUCCAACCUUUUCUAAACCUUAUAAUCUUUAAAUUGUCUAAUCCAAACCUUAUAAAUCUAAUCUUGUCUAAUCCAAACCUUUAAACUUAAUCUUGUCUAAUCCAACCAAAUAGCCAACCCCUGCCUCCUAUGAUCUUUCUGAACCUGAUUUGAUUAAAAAUAAACCAAUUCUAACUUGAGCUGAGAUUUUUAAAAAUAGAGCCUUGACUUUACCUAUACUUGAGCCUUCCUUACUCCCAGGUCAUCCUUGAGUCUCCAAUUAGACCCAAUGAUUCUAAUAGGUUCAGAUUUGACCAAUGAGAGAUCUCUGUCUACAUAAUGAUCUAAAUACAUAAUCAGCUGAUUUACGAUUUUCGAUCUGCAGCCUUUGGAGACUCAAGCCUUCAAAAGUUAAAAAAAAACAAUUCGAUUGGUUUUUACUAAUCCCAAGUUCAGCCAAUACUCGAGUUUAAGCUUUUAAAAUCUCAGCUCUGAGUUAAUCUAGGAUUAGUUAAUCCAAUCUGUUCAAAUGCAAACCUGAACUUAAAUAUCAUUCUUAUCUUUUCUUAACUCAUUUCCUAUUUCCGGGACAUAGAACAUUAUAUACAUAUUCAUACAUAUUCAUACUUAUACUAUACUUAUCAUAAUUAUUUACCACACACUUACAGGGUUAACCGCAAAGGAUGAGACUUUAAUGUGUAAUGACGACCUUAAACGAUCUGAAGGACGAAUUUCGGGUUCUGCAUUUUAGGGGAUAAACCUAAUGAUUUGAAAACGAAGACAGAAUGAAACUUUAACUCUUAAGUCUUAUUCUGUAUGGGUAACCCUGUAUUCGGCAUUUUUCGUUUUAAAAUCGGUUUUAUCUUCCUCCCCCCCCCUCCACCCACUCCUGUACACCUUCCUCUACUAAAUAUUACGAUGUACGAUGUACAUUGUGCAUGUUUGAUAUAUUUUCCAAUAAAUGGAAAGCAUAAAUAAUAUUUAAUUUGGAAAUUAUUAUUACAGUUGUGCACAUACUGUGCAGAAACCUGAGAAAAUAAACUUAUUUUUGUUUUAA